GAGCAGAGCUUGGUACAGCCCAAAUAGUUUUCAGGUUAAGAAAGCCAGAAUCUUUGUUCAGCCGCACUGACUGAACAGACUUUGUAGGGGUUACCUGGCUAAGAGCAGCGGCAGCGGCAGCGGCGGCAGCAGCAGCAGCAGCAGCAAGGCUCCUUGGAUAACUCAGACAUAGUUUGACAUUAUGGGUCCUCCUCUGAAGCUCUUCAAAAACCAGAAGUACCAGGAACUGAAGCAGGAAUGCAUCAGGGAUGGUAGACUUUUCUGUGAUCCAACCUUUUUGCCUGAGAAUGAUUCACUUUUCUACAACCGACUGCUUCCUGGGAAGGUGGUGUGGAAACGUCCCCAGGACAUCUGCGAUGACCCCCGUCUGAUUGUGGGCAAUAUCAGUAACCACCAGCUGACCCAAGGGAGACUGGGGCACAAGCCAAUGGUCUCUGCGUUUUCCUGUCUGGCUGUUCAGGAGUCUCACUGGACAAAGACAAUUCCCAACCAUAAGGAACAGGAAUGGGACCCUCGAAAACUAGAUAAAUAUGCUGGGAUAUUUCGCUUCCGUUUCUGGCAUUUUGGAGAAUGGACCGAGGUGGUGAUUGAUGACUUGCUGCCCACCAUCAAUGGAGAUCUCGUUUUCUCCUUCUCCACCUCCAUGAAUGAGUUUUGGAAUGCUCUGUUGGAAAAAGCUUAUGCCAAGCUGCUUGGGUGUUAUGAAGCCCUCGAUGGUCUGACCACUACUGAUAUCAUCGUGGACUUCACUGGCACAUUGGCUGAAACUGUUGACAUGCAGAAGGGAAGAUACACUGAGCUCGUUGAGGAGAAGUACAAGCUGUUUGGAGAACUGUACAAAACAUUUACCAAAGGAGGUCUGAUCUGUUGCUCCAUUGAGUUUCCCAAUCAGGAGGAACAAGAAGUCGAAACUGAUUGGGGUCUACUGAAGGGCCAUACGUACACCAUGACUGAUAUUCGCAAGAUUCGUCUUGGAGAAAGACUCGUGGAGGUCUUCAGUACGGAGAAGCUGUACAUGAUUCGUCUGAGGAACCCCUUGGGAAGACAAGAAUGGAGUGGGCCCUGGAGUGAGAUUUCUGAAGAGUGGCAGCAACUGACUGCAGCAGAUCGCAAGAACCUGGGGCUUGUUAUGUCUGAUGAUGGAGAGUUUUGGAUGAGCCUGGAGGACUUUUGCCGCAACUUCCAUGAACUGAAUGUCUGCCGCAAUGUGAACAACCCUAUUUUUGGCCGCAAGGAGCUGGAAUCGGUGGUGGGAUGCUGGACUGUGGAUGAUGACCCGCUGAUGAACCGUUCAGGAGGCUGCUAUAACAACCGUGAUACCUUCCUGCAGAAUCCCCAGUACAUCUUCACUGUGCCCGAGGAUGGGCACAAGGUCAUCAUGUCUCUGCAGCAAAAAGACCUGCGCACUUACCGCCGCAUGGGAAGACCCGACAAUUACAUCAUCGGCUUUGAGCUCUUCAAGGUGGAGAUGAACCGCAAAUUCCGCCUCCACCACCUGUACAUCCAGGAGCGUGCGGGGACCUCCACUUACAUUGACACGCGCACCGUGUUUCUGAGCAAGUACCUGAAGAAGGGCAACUACGUGCUUGUCCCAACUAUGUUCCAGCAUGGCCGCACCAGCGAGUUUCUCUUGAGAAUCUUCUCUGAAGUGCCCGUCCAGCUCAGGGAGCUGACUCUGGACAUGCCCAAGAUGUCCUGCUGGAAUCUGGCUCGUGGCUACCCCAAGGUUGUCACCCAGAUCACAGUGCACAGUGCCGAGGGCCUGGAGAAGAAGUAUGCCAAUGAAACUGUAAACCCAUAUUUGGUCAUCAAGUGUGGAAAGGAGGAAGUCCGUUCUCCUGUCCAAAAGAAUACUGUUCAUGCCAUUUUUGACACCCAGGCCAUUUUCUACAGAAGGACCACUGACAUUCCUAUUAUAGUGCAGGUCUGGAACAGACGAAAGUUCUGUGAUCAGUUCUUGGGGCAGGUCACUCUGGAUGCUGACCCCAGUGACUGCCGUGAUCUGAAGUCCCUGUACCUGCGUAAGAAGGGUGGCCCAACUGCCAAAGUUAAACAAGGCCACAUCAGCUUCAAGGUUAUUUCCAGUGAUGAUCUCACUGAGCUCUAAGUCUCCAGCUCCCGGGAAUCCUGACAGAGCUUUCCCAUCCUUUUAUUUUCUGUCAGAUGCUAGAUCUUAUCUAGGAUUCAUAAUCUUUUGAAAGAAAGAAAUUCACAGUAAUUAACUUUGCCUUUCUUCUGAUAAGUUCCCCAUACCUCCCCAUCCGUAGCGUAAGCAGCUACAUAACCUAUAUACCUCCAGCAGCUGGACAGGGGGAGGUGACAGUCCUAUCUGGAGAUCAGACAGAUGUUGGCCAAGGAAAGAUCUCUGGGGCUUCCGGGGGUGAGAUUCAUGCAGGACAACGACAACAGCCUGGAUACCCUACCGAUGUCUUAGCUGUUUUCAGGUGCCCAAAAUGUCUCCCCUGUAGGGCAUGUUGAGGAAGGUGGAGGGGUGAUCAAGGCCAAGCAGGUCUAGCCUGACAUCCCAGCUCCUGACUGAACACUACAGGUGUCCCAGCAGCCUAUUACCCAGCAGCCACAGCCUGUUUAUACAUCCCCAGCCCUUACCGCCGGCACCGCCAUCACCACCACCACCACCCACCACCUCUGGAAAGCGUAGUCCUGCCCUGACCCAAGUCACCCCCCACGGUAGGUUUUACCUUCAUGUUGAGGAAGCUUCCUAGGUGCUUAAUCAAGAGCUGGAGUUCCGUGAGGCUCAGACAGUGGGAAGGGCCCGAGCUCCAGCUGCAUGGAAGCCAGCUGUGUGCCACAAGAGGGAAAAGUGGAAGAAGCUGCAGUGGGAGACAAAGCCUCGGUCCCCCACGCAUCCACACACACCUACACUCACACACGCGCACGUGGGCGCGCACGAACUACCGUUCAGGCAGUCAGCGGGCAAGAGGAAGGAUGAAUGAGGACCACGCAGGAUAAAAGGACGAGAGACUCCAUCCAGACAGAGUCUCGCCAGUUUGGGGCCCCUGACUGCAAAUGUGAAACCUCCUGCUGCUGCUAGGUUUACAAUCAAGCCCGUUGUCCUGUGCCUCCUAAUAUCAUUGGUACUGAAGACCCCACCUGGGGGGCUUGAGACCCCUCAGGCUUUUCUCCCAGUUGGGAGCGUUCACUCCCUGGGGGUGUUUGUUUGCCCUCUUGUUUUUUCAGUCCUUCUAUAGAAUUUUCUCUAGAGUCAGCCAUUCUGAAAUGUUCUUCCCUCCAUCUCCUCUAUCAACAUUCUACCCCUCCUUCAAGGCCCAGCAUAAAUGCCACCUCCUCCAUGAAGCCUUUCCCCAUCCCCCAAGCUCCACCUCCUAGAAUAUUUCAACGCUUCUGCAAUGACGAAUAAAAUGACAUAGUUGUAGUAUACUUAGUCUAGUCCAGCACGCGAUCAUUUAAAAAAUUUUGUAGUUUUCUUAGCUCGCUCCUUUUCCUACCAUGUUUUUCAGUCUAACUUCUGCAGUGCCUUCACCACACUGCCUUACAUAAUCCAAACCACAAUAAAGUUCACGUUUAAUAAAUU